AUGGCAUCAUCAUCUACAUCAUUCGAGGCUAAUACUUUAGGUACAGUGGUGAAGUGUCUGGAAACCACAGUGCAGCAGCAGGAAGAGCUGUUGAUUCGAUUGAAGGUGUGUGAGGAGCGUUUACGGGAGUUGCAGGCCCAUAUGCUACAAACAGGAGCAAGCCAGCCUCUCCCUUCCCCCCAAAUAUUAGAUUGUGCCGUUACUAUAGAGGCAGGCAACGUGAAAUCUGAAGCUACGGUUCAGAAACUGUGUGAUUACUGCUUCAAACUCGCCCCGUGUCGGCCGUGCCCUGAAUGCCAACGUGAGUGGUAUUGCAGCAGCCCUUGCCAGCGGUUGCGUUCUUAUCUUCACCAUCCUGUAUGCCAUCAUCGCAAGAUGACUGAAUCAUAG